CGAAAUUACUGCUUUGUGUUAAUGCACUACUGGUCAAUGUUCAAUGCACAUAUUUAAUGCUCACAAAUCCUAAAUUGACUCACCAUACUCAACAAUAUUUAUUAUCAUAUUCACUGCUCAUAUUCACUGCUAAUAUUUAAUGCCUACAAACCCUAAUUUUGGAAACUUAUAAUUUUAAUGCCUUCUCCCAUAUAUAAUAUGCACUGUACAUAUUCGUACGUUUCGACAAAUGGCCACCACUUGCUCACUUUUUCCCAUUAUUUCUCUACCACUCAUAAUCAAACUACAUACAACCACUACACACCACAAACCCAAACACAGAUCGACAUGAAAAGGACACCAGCACGAACGCCGCCUACUCGACUUUGCCAUCUCUGCAGUGACGAUCUUGCGCCGCGCUCCCUCCUCCCUGCUAGGAUUCGGACACGCUCCAACGAUGGAUCCAGAAGAAGAUGUCGGGCGGCUGGACGGCGGCACCCAUGGAUCGGGACGAUGGAGGAGCCCACGGAUCAGGACGGCGGCGGGAGCAGGCGGCGGUCUAGCUGCGACGAGAAGACAUGGGGUGGGGUUGGUCGGGCAAGCAAACGAUUGGUUGCACUGGUGGCCGCCGAUCGUGCUUCUGUGAAAUGCGGCGGCACUGAACGGUGGGCGGCGGCGCUGGACAGUGGCUAGACGGUGGGCGGCGGUUGGUCAACGGGCAGCUGCGCGGCUGGAUGUUGUGAUGUAGUAGCUAGGGUUUUAGAAAUGGAAGAGGAGGUUAGGGAUUUAUAGGUACAAGCUAAAGGGUAUAUUUGUCAAAAAAAAAUUAUUAUUAUUUAUUAAUUACGAAAUAUAUUUAAAUAUUAUGGUUUUUUAUUUUAUUUUGGUAAAGAAACUAGUUAGGUCAUAGAUUGAGAAACUCAUUAAGUUUUAGUCAUACUUAGGGUAAUUAUCUCAUAAUAAUACCUAAUCAUUUACUUGCUACCUUACUGCUUUCCUAAUCCAUAUCAUCUGCUUGUUGGGCUAGUUUAAUCACACACUCCAUUCGAAAUCCAUGGGCUUACGUGUUGGACCCGGGGGUUGAAGGAAAAAACCUCAACAAUAUUGAUUUCCUAGCGUUGUCUAGAGAUAUUAUUUUUUGUUGCAGGGUCAGCGAACAUGAGCGCUUUAUAGAGCUUUUUAUUUAUUUGUCUCACUCUAGUGUAACAUUAAACGUUAUGAUUGUAAUGCUUCGAAUUUUGAUUGUUAUGUUUCUUGUUACCCUUAUCAUCAAUAAUAAUUAAAUUAUUUUCUUUCAA